AUGCUCAACCGGGAAAUUGCUGAUGAAUUUAGGAGAAAUGCUCCGAAAAUCACAAAUGAGCAAAUAAUUGAUGAUCUUCGUGGGUUGUUUGAGGAAGAAACGGCGGAAUUGUUUCGAAAUCAAAAUGCAAAUGAUUCGACUCGACCAAAUAUUGAAGAAUCUGCUGAAGUCAUUGAAAAAGAAUCGAAAUCGAAAAAAGUUAUGGAAGAAGAUGUGGAUUUUGAAGAAGAUGUUGGAACGGAAGAAGCGGAUGGUGAUGAUACGACAUCAAUGGAACGAGAUAUGGCGAAUCUUCGACCAUUUCUAGCUUUUGAACAUGAAUUCGGUGCGGGAAAAGCUUUGUUGCAACCACCACAAACAUUCAAAGAAUCGAAUGUGAGUUAUUUUUGAAUACGAAAUUUCGAGCAAUUUUUCGGUUGAAAAAUUAUAAAUAUUUUGAGAAUUUUUUUUUGAGCAAUAUUUGAAAAAUAUUUCUCAGAUUAUAAUUUUUAAAAUUAAUUUUGUUCUAAACUAACCUGAGAAAUUCCUGAAAAAGCAUUGCUCAGGUUAGAAUUUUUAAAAUUAGCUAAUAAACAUUUCGAAAUCCCAUAAAAUCCUCACCAUUUUUUCAGCGCUUUCCAACUCGUCUCAGUUCCUAUCAACAAUCGCCAUUCCGUGAAGAAUCCGAGCCACCGAGUUCAGGAGAUCACUCGGAAGAAAGAUCCAUUCUCUCCGAAUUCCGCAGAAAUGCUGGCUGGAAUACAUCGGCAUCGGAAACUCCGGAUUAUUCCGAUCGAACUUUCGAUGCAUCUUCUUUGGGCAACUCCGAACAUCCCAACACAUCGGCGCGAGUUUUUGAUUUCGAUAAUAAUGUUUCGGAUUCGAAUAUUGUUGAAGAAGAUGUUGUUGUUGUUGCACCUGAAUCUGGACCGAGUGCUGAAGAAUCUGUUGAACCAUCAGUGGAAUUGAAUUCGAACAUCUCGGCUUCCAAUAUUGUUGAAAAAGAAGUUUCUGCCACACUUGAGGGUGUAAUUGAACAAGUUCUUGAAAUGGCAGCGAAAUCGACCAAAUCGUUGAAUCAAGAAGUUGUCAAUGAAUCUCCGUCAACAUCUGAAACACCUGUCGAUGUAAGUUUUUUGGUUCGAAAAUUGAUUUUUUUUUCUGAUAUUUUGAGCUCUGAAAACAAAAAAAAAUACCUUUCAGCGACCAUCGACUUAUGAACCAACUCUAUCAUCAGCUCUAGCAUUUUUGGCUCGAUUGGGAAAAUUGUUGCCUUGUAGCCAACCAAUUGUGGGAGCAAAUGCACAAAUUCAACAACCAAAUCGACAAGGUGAUCCUGGACGUGUUUCUGCACCUGAAAGUGGAAAUGUUGAAGAUGUGCCAAUGCCAGAAAUUUCAGGCUUACCUGAAACUGGAUCGACUGCUGAAGAUUCUCGAAUUGAAAAAUCGUCGAAUUCUCCACCAGCAAUUCAACAAGUUAUGCCUGGAAGUGUUGUCAUAAGGUCACCAGGAAAUGAGCAAGCUGUUCAAGAAUCUCGAAUUGAAACAUCGUCGAAUUGUCCACCUGAUAAUCAACAUGUUAUGCAGCCUGGAAAUGUUGUAAUAAGUUCACCAGCUGCUGCUCAACAUUCUCAACAAGCUGUUCGUAAAUCAAAAUUCCGGCGACACGUAUCGAGACUUCUCAAUCCUGUUCCACGGUAUGAGACAGCUAGCGAAAGCUCGGAGAAGAGUGAAGACGAUUUCGAAAGACGCGCUGAAAACCCUGUUAGUUUUUACAAUUUCUAGCUAGAAAUUUCACAAAGGAAGUGGUCAGGAGUUGAACUUUUGAUCAAACAUGCGAAAUAUACCAAAUCGACCAUGCUGAUCACGAUUCCGAACUCAAAAAUUUGCCACAAAUGCCUGUGAGUUCUGGAGCUCCGAAUUUGAGUUUUGGGUUUCGCCCAUUUUCACCUUGUUCCUGGGUGAAAAAUCCAUUUUUAUAAUUUGGAUGAGGCUUUUUAGUUUUUCGAAAAAUAUGAAAAACCAGCUGAAAACUGUAAUUUUUAAGAAAGUCAUGAAAAAACUUUGAAAAACGUGUGUAUUUCCAUGACUUUCCUAAAAAUCACAGUUUUCAGCUGGUUUUUCAUAUUUUUUCGAAAAACUACAAAGCUGAAAGUUUUCGAAUGUGGUGAACAACUUUAUCCAAAUUAUAAAAAUGGAUUUUCCACCAAAGAACAAGGUGAAAAUGGGCGAAAACCAAAUCUCAAUUUUUACUUCGAAGCUCCAGAAAAGUGCUCACAGAGCAUUUGUGGCAAAUUUUCGACUUCGGAAUCGUGAUCAGCAUGGUCGAUUUGGUAUAUUUCGAAGUUUCAUCAAAAGUUCAACACCUAUGCACUUCCUUUGCGCACUUCCUUUCUUUUUUUGUGUUUUUCUGAAAAUUUCCAAAAAUCUUACCGUAUCCAAUUGUUUUGUUUCAGCGAUCAUCUCAGCCAACUCAACAACAGGAUCCAGUUGCUCAUGAAUAUGUGGAAUCGGACGAAUAUCACACGGCGAAUUCAUCGCCACUUUGUCGAAAACCUUCCACACCAACAUUCUCAUCGCAUAACUCAACACCCCAAAUCAUCCUCUUCAUCGCAACCUUCAACACCUCCCGGAACACCGCCACCAUCAUAUGAAAUCCCGCGAACUUCGAACCCGGCGAUUUCGGUGAAUUCGAUCAACAAUGGUUUGCAUAGCUUGAAAAUAUCGCCAAAUUUAUUUGCUGAUGGUGUUCGAUUUAUAAUUGAUGGUAAUGAAAUUCGUGCGAUUGGAACAUUGAAACAUAAUUUAUUGGAAAUUGUUGGAGAUGAAACUGUUGACAUUUUGACAAGAAAUGUUGGCGUUGUUCAAAUGGAAAAUUUGAUUCGAAAGCGAUUGGAAAGAGAAUUUGAAGCAAGUCUCGUCGACUAUAAGGGAACCAAAAUUCCAAAGAUUGCUUAUGAGAAAUUGAUUGCGAUGGAUGCGCUGAAUGCAUUUAGAGAUGAUGAUGAUCAUGAUCAAUUCGCUCAACCAAAUCGAAUCCACCGAAAACGAAAAGCUGCACGACUUUCAAAUGACGUUGCGGUCAACCCGAAGCGCAGAAAAGUGACGCGAAAACCAGCGAGAGCUCGUGCACCAACUCGACCAGCAAUUGUUGCUCCACCAAAACCGAUUGCACCAACAGGACCGCCACCAAAAAGUGCUCGUUUGGCUGCACGACACCUUGCUGCUGCUGCUGCUGCAACACCGCCUGCGUCACCAGCGAAUCAAUCGACUCAGAGUUCCAAACGUCGGUCCGAUUCGUCUCCAAAUCAAUCACCAACAAAAAAGGCAAAAACUGGCCCGGAGUUAAAAACCAUUGACGAGGCGCAAUCGGAGCUUUUGAAAGUUGAGAUGGCCCUACAAACUCGAAGCUUUGGUUUUCAUGGGUUGGAUUUGCUGACGGAACAUCGUCGAAUGAUGCGAGCCUUCGUUUCGUAUAAUCAAGCACCGACACCAAAUAAAUUGGCCAAAAUUCUGUCCAAAACAAGGAGUUUGAGUGACGAGGUUGAAAGAUUGGCGCAAUAA